AUGAGAGUUCCAUCCCCUUACCGAUUCAUGAUCUAUCACUCGCUUACUUCAACUGGAAUGAAUCUGAGCCAACUCUACGCAUAUUCAGGCAUUGUACUCAGGAAACCUUCGCGAGAAUUGGUAGGCCUGGAAUGCGGCGAAUACCAAUGGGGGUAUAUAGGGGGGAUUGGGGACACGGACAAUAACUUCAUUAUGAGUGUUGAUAUUUGGCAACGACAACUUCAAAAAAGAAGUGGAAAUUUGGCUGUGGGGGAGGAACAAAAAUGA